AUGGGAAAGCAGCAGAGCCCGCCGAAGAAGGUGAGCCUGGGCAAGGGGAAGGUGACCCCUGUGCAGAUCGCCUUCAUCGUCAACAGGUACCUCGCCGAGAACAAUUUCUCGACCACCCUCGCGGCGUUCCAGUCCGAAGCCGCUGAGCUCUUCGCGAAGACCAGGGCGAGGGAGGCACCCAAGGGGCUGCUCAGUUUGGCGGACAUUCUAGACGAGUACAUCACUCUCAAGGAGCAAAAGAUCAUCGUUGAACAAGAGAAGCAGCGGGUAGAGGCUCUGCUGCGGGGGAUUAAUGGUGCCAUGCAUGCUUACCAUUGCGCCACCAGCGGAGUCCAUACACCCGCAUCUCCUCCCCUGCCAUCGUUCCCGAUGUCGCCUGUUCCCCCGCCUACGCCCGGUGGAGUGGCGGUUUCCACGGGUCUCACCGUCCCUACGAACAGAUCUCUACCAGGUAACGUGAGUGCUUGGGUUGACAGUGAAGAGCGUCACGAUUUCUGGUUGUACACCAGUUGUUCAUCAUCCACGAAUUACCAUUCUAUCGUCAAGUAUGCCGUGUUGUAGAAUAUCAAACGUCUGAGAUUUUUCUACGUUUUUUUUUUCCCCUAAUACAGUUUACGUUCUGUCAUCAAGGGGAAGAAACCUGAUAAUUUAUUAGUGUCAAUGUUCAAAUCCGCAUCUGGAACGUUCUGAUUAGUAGAACUAAAUCUGUAGUGACUUUGAUUUCUCAAGGGAUCUUGUACCAACUCGUAAUGAAUUGGAGGCCGAUCAGUGGCUCUAGUAAUUUUGAGCACCGGCAUUAUUAAUAUUAAUUUGAACUUUUACCGCAACCAAGUGAUAUACAUCUAUAUCUUCGUAUUCAAUUUUCUUCUAUUCUAUAAUUCUUUGUUUGAGCCAUCACGGGAUUGCAUACUUUUCUUAAACAGGCCAGGAAUUAUCUGCUAAAAUUUUCGAAAGCAGAUGCUGAUUCGAUAUCUUUGAUGUUUUAAAUCUCUCGAAAGCUUCUACUUGAAGAAACUGUUCUUUGUGUUUUUGUUUGUUUUUCCUCCCUCCUGCAUUGGAUGCAUUCCCUACAUCAGUGCCCAGGCGUGGAUCUUCUACAUGAAAUCUUUGUUUACUUCGAUUGAAUCAUUUUUUCUUUCCCGGAAUUGUCACAGGUCUCAUUGUACAAACUGCUCUCUCCAGAUCUUCACCAUCCCCUAUUCCAAGGAAUAUCAAGCAGCCCAGCGCAUUCCCCAGUGAAGCUGCCGAUCCUUCGUGCGGAAGCAAGAGAAAAAUUCCAAGGACUACUCUUCAAGCGUCUGCACCCUCGAAGAAACAGCGUGGGCAAUCGCAGUCGGUUGUCUCUCCAGUUCAAUGUUUUCCGGGUGGCAGGGAGGAAACAACUCACAACCUUCCACUUAGUCGUGUGGUGUCUCCAAACAACCAAAAUACGAACUCUUCCAUGCAAGUAUCGGCUGUUACCAAUGGUUUACUUACGCAGCUGCCUGAUUCUAAUGCCUGCUCAACUUCACCUAAAUCUCACCUGCAAGCGUCGUCUUCUCAGGCUGAUAAUGUGGGUUCAUCGGCCAAUGCUUCACUAACCCAUCUUUCCAAUCCAAGUACUUCCAGACAGUUGACUCCCUCGAAGUGCUCUGUCAUCUCCUCCAAAACCAUUGUUGUCAGCCCUUUCAAAAGUCAAGGUUACAUAACUGUGGAGAAGAGUUUCUGUAUAUCGUCACCGAUGAAAUCAAGUCCACAGAAGGUAUGCAGAAGGGAUCGUGUGAAAGGCAGGCUUGAUUUUGACGACUCGGUCACAUCAACUUGCUCUGGGCUUCCAACGACUGCUGAAACUUGCACUACUUCAUCAGAAGAUGGAAUGAAAGACCUCUUGGAUCUUGAUCUCCCAGAUUUCGACAUCGAUUUCAACUUUGCUGAUCUUCUGGUCAACAUUGAUCUCGAGUGUGAAGAAUUUGCCAAGUCUUGUCAUACAGCCCUCAUGCCGUCAUCUAAUGCCACCUCAGGGUAUUCCUCCACGAGUGGAUUCCUUAUUGCUGUUGGAGAUAUUUUUUAUAAGUUAAUCCUAAAGCUUCAGUCUGCUGUUCAAAACAGAUCGGAAGGUGAAUGUGCAGGUGUGCACGUAGAGAUGGGUCGUGACUUAGCUGGUCCAUUUUCGUCAAGCGUGACUGGUGUGAUUUCUGAGAGAGAUAUUAAUGUCCUCCGAGGUAAAUGCAAGCCCAAAAAGAGCUAGUUCUCUGCUUUCACUGUGAUCAUGUGGUCCACCACUCAACCUCUAUCCUCUUGGUUUACUGCGUGAGCAGGUCAUGAUUCAGUAGCCUCCGUGAGAUCUGUAACGAAGUGUGUCAAAGUAGUGACCCCGGGUGAGUUCUCAGGCUUGCCAGCAAUCUCUCCUCUUCUUCAAUUGCUUCCCUGCUCAGCUGUCUUGAUAUCCAUCUAAGCGAGUAGCUUUGGUCGCAGGCCAAACCAAGGGUAUCAGUUCGUCAUAGCUCCUCGCAUCGGAGCUCAGAGAUUGUAGCUCGCUUGGUUCCAUGCAGCUCAGAGAUUGCAGCUGUUCCACUGGCCAUCUUUUCUGUCCAGUGGGUUUAUCUCACCACAUUCAUCUGGUAUAUGAUCUGUGCUGAGUAGCUUUUACUCAGCGAUCCCCUCCCCCGAAUUAGUUGGAUGUACAUCAUUGAACUACAUACCGGUAUCGUGCAGAUAGUCUGAUCGGAGAAUGUCACUCUCUGGUCCUUUUCAGCCCAUUAACCAAAGUCGGUUCCAAGAUGAAUGGCAUAUCUGGGCCGGCCCACUUCAGAUAAAUAUGCAUAUCUUGUCGGCCCACUCGGCAGUCAACCAAAGAAGUAGCCGGCUAUGA